AGCUGGGAGAUGGUUAUCGCCGUGGAGGCGACAGGUACUGUGUUCCCGGCGGGCUGGAUGCAGCGUGCGGGUAGCUCUGGUGGGGACAGGGUGGUUAAAUAUGGAGGAGGUGUCGCGCUGUUUUUGCCCGUUGGAAAUUCCGGGGUGAAACUAUCUCUUUCACUUUUUGCUGUGUUGUGAGUUCGCCUUGAGAAGCGCAAUUCAAGAUGGCGACGGCAUACGAGACUGAGGCUGCGGGCCUUCACCAGACCCUUGAUCAGCCUGAUCUAUCCAACAAGAGGCGGGACAUUGCUGGGGAGCCAUUGACGGAGAGGCCGUUUACUGCAGAUGAGAAGGCCGCCGCGCUUGAGGCCUCGUCACACACUCCCUCAGUAGCGGGCGAAGACGAUGGCUUCGGCGGUGAACUUCCCACCGAGGAGGAGAAGAAGACUCUUCGAAGAGUGGGUGACAAGGUCCCCAAAGCCGCGUUCCUUGUCGCGGUUGUCGAACUUUGCGAGCGUUUCACAUACUACGGUGCCUCUGGUCUUUUCCAAAACUACAUCCAGCGCCCGCUCGAUGGACGUGAUGGACCUGGUGCGCUUGGUAUGGGUCACCAGGGUGCAACCGGUCUUUCUACUUUCUUCCAGUUCUGGUGCUAUGUGACGCCCAUCUUUGGUGCCAUUAUCGCUGAUCAAUACCUCGGAAAGUACAACACCAUCCUCAUCUUCUGCUUCGUCUACAUCGCCGGUCUCCUCAUCUUGACCAUCACUUCGAUCCCUAGUGUGCUGAACCAAGGUGCCGGUCUGGGUGGCUUCGUAACUGCGAUCAUCGUCAUCGGACUCGGGACCGGUGGUAUCAAGUCCAAUGUUGCCCCUCUCAUUGCCGACCAGUACAAACGCCGCCAGAUGAAGGUUACGACCGACAAGAAGACGGGCGAGCGCAUCAUUAUCGAUCCGUCCAUCACCAUUACGCGCAUCUACAUGAUCUUUUACUUCUGCAUCAACCUGGGGUCCCUGUCGCUCAUCGCAACACCCUACAUGGAGCGUGACGUCGGCUUCUGGUCAGCGUUCUUGCUAUGUUUGUGCAUGUUCCUCGUCGGUACGGUCACCCUCGUUUUGGGACGCAAGGUCUACGUCGUGCGCCCGCCGCAGGGCUCCGUUGUCACGGACUGCUUCCGCGUCAUCUGGAUGAUGAUCAAGGGCCGCAACAUGAACGCCGCGAAGCCGACGUACCAGGCUGGCCUCGGAAACGACGCCAUCGCGACGAAGAUCAAGUGGGAUGACCACUUUGUCGAGGAGGUGAAGCGCGCCCUCAUCGCGUGCAAGGUCUUCUGCUUCUACCCGGUAUACUGGGUCGUCUACGGCCAAUUCUCCAACAACUUCGUCUCGCAGGCUGGCCAGAUGGCGUCCCACGGCAUCCCCAACGACCUGAUGCAGAACUUCGACCCCAUCGCCAUCAUUGUCUUCCUCCCCAUCAUGGAGCGCCUGGUCAUGCCCGCUUUGCGCCGCGCCGGCAUCCGCUUCCCGCCCAUCAACCGCAUCGUCGCCGGAUUCUGGAUCGCCUCCAUGGCCAUGGUGUACGCCGCGGUCCUCCAGCACUUCAUCUACAAAGCCGGCCCCUGUUACGAACAUCCAGGCUGCGACGCAUCUCUCGACGCAAACGGCCAGGCCCAGGGUAACAACAUCCACAUUGCCGCGCAAACCGGCGCGUACAUGCUCAUCGGUAUCUCCGAGAUCUUUGCCUCCGUCACCGGCUACGAGUAUGCGUACACCAAGGCUCCGCCGAGCAUGAAGUCCUUCGUGCAGUCCAUGUUCCUGUUGACGAAUGCCUUCGGCUCCGCCAUCUCCGAGGCACUGAACCCCGUGCUGUACGACCCGGCCAUCCAGUGGAUGUACGUUGGCAUUGCGGUCGCGAGUUUCGUCGCGGGAUGCUUGAUUUGGGUACUGUUCCACCACUUGAAUGAUACCGAGGAGGAGAUGAAUGCGAUGGAUCAGGAUUACGAUGCUGAUCCGACGCUAAGGAGGGCAAGUGUGCAUGAUGACAGGACGGUUGGCCUGCACAGGAGGAGUGUUGAGGAGAAGCCUGCCAUGAAUGCGUAGGGGGCAGGGGUCUGUAGUGAUUGUAUGAUUUGAGAAGAACAGGAGGUGGGCGGAUGCAUACCCCCAUAGUACCUAGGGUGAUGAUCGCACGCGGCGACGAGUAAUGAAACCUUCAACGUAAAGCACAUUAAUUUGAAAUGUCUCGUACGUGUACAAAUGCUUACUGAGUAUGAGUAGAUCGCUUUCCAGUGCUCGCAGUUGAUGUGUUCUCCCGCAUUCGCUUGGGUGUGGUCGACGUCCUUGCAUCGGCCUCGCUAACCGCGUUUACCCGCACGCCGAUGAUAUCCAUACCCGCCCCACUCUCGCAAAUUC